AUGGCCAUUGCAUACUUCAUACCCGACCAGGCCCAAUUAUUGGCCCGAAGCUAUCAGCAAAAUGCCCAACAGGCAACAACCACCAGCCAAAGGACAUCAUCUGCAACAUCUACACAACAGCCAGGACAACAGGCGCAACCUUCACAGGAGCAACCUGCACAGCAACAUCAACGACAGUCCCAACAUCGUCCUCAAUUCCGAGCCAACAUAUCGGUACCCCUGGGCAGGCAACAAGGAUCCAUGACCAUGUCAGAGUUCGGAUGCUGGGAUCUUCUGGCUCAAAUCUUCUGCUAUGCUCUAAGGAUCUACAGUUACAAUUCCAGCCAGCGACGACCGACGGUCAUACAAAUAUCCUUCGAAAUCAGCGGCGGCAGUCUAGAUCAGGACUCUGAUGACGAUGUAACCGAUGCCACCGCCUCCAAGGAUAACUAG